AUGGCCAUCCCCAGGCCGGGCACCGCACCCUCUGCGCACAUUCUGCACGCCAGCUUCCUGGCGGGUCCCGAGGCACUGUGGCGGGCGGGCCUGGCGGGGUCGCUGGGCGGCGGGCUGCUGGACCUGGGCCUGUCCUCCAUGCAGCUGGACGCCGCGGCGCGGGGCUUCUCCUUUGGAAAGGACGGCCCGCUGGACAUGCGCAUGGACGGGGCGGGGGCCCUGACCGCCGAGCAGAUCGUGAACACCUGGUCAGAGGACGAGCUGGGCCGCAUCCUGCGGGAGUACGGCGAGGAGCGGAGCUGGCGCGGCAUUGCACGCAGGAUCGUCGAGGCGCGGUGCAGAGACGGGCCCCUGCUCACCACCAGCCAGCUGGCGAGUGUGGUCGGCCACCCGGGCCGACCCUCUCCUGGCAGGAAGGCAGGCGCGCGGAAAGCCACGAGGGCCAAGCACCCAGCCACGCAGACCUUCCAGGCGAUUCGCAUCGCGGUGAACGGCGAGCUGGCAUGCCUGGAGGCAGCCCUGCCCGGGCUGAUCGACGCCCUGGCCCCCGGCGCCCGCCUCGCCGUCAUCACCUUCCACUCGCUGGAGGACCGGGCGGUGAAAAUGGCCUUCAAGCGCGCCGCAGGGGAGCUGGACCCCGGGGACGAGGAGGUCCUGCCCGCCUGGCUGGCCUCCGCCAGGAGGGACCAGGCCAAGGAACAGGCCGUGGUACGCGUGGUGACCAGGCGCCCCCUCGUGCCGGGGGAGGCGGAGGUGGCGCGCAACCCGCGAGCGCGCAGCGCCAAGCUCAGGGUCGUGGAGAAGCUGUGA